AUGGCACAGACAGGCGGCACAUGCCAUCGCCAUUCAUCAUGGUCUUACAACAUAAGCAUAGGCGCGCCUGAUGCGACCCCAUCGAAAUCAAGCCACGACGCCAAAGGAGGAGACGAGACAAACAUCAGCGAGGACUGGGAGGUUGUCGAAUGGCCCAUCGCACAACCCACCUUGGAGCCCGUCGUAGAGCCCGUCGUAGAGCCCGUCGUAGAAGACACAGAACCAGAGGAACCAGGCUACCGUAGAGUACGCAGCCAGUUCACAUUCGACGUCGGCUGGGGAACUUGGAGGACAACUGUAUUUAAAUGGGAUAUGGAGGCUCGGUUCAAGGAGUCGUGA